CCUCGGAAGGCAAUUUUGUACUUUUUUUUAAAUUUAAUUAUACCUCUGACUUCAGUCAUUAAUACUACUCGAAAUAAACACAAUUAAUUAUUUUUAAUAUCACUUUUUAUUUUAAAUUUAAAUAUAUUGCAAACUAGCUGAAUUUUUAACGUACAUACGUUAUUCACCGUUAUUGCAUAUAUGGGCAAACAAGCAAUGCAUUUGCAAUACAUAUAGAUGAAUUUGUUAGAAUAACUAACGAUAUUAAAUAAAAAUUUAAACAUAAAACAUUUCCACACAUAAUAUUGCGUUUUUAUAAAUAUGUUUGAAAAGUUAUUAUAUUAUUUUUAAAACUCUUAAUUGUGAAUGGUAUUUUUUUUGUGAAUACGUCCACUGCAAUCGGUUGUCCCUUUUGUCAAAAAGACAAUGAAAAUAAAUUGUUAUUAAAAUUUCACAUUUGACUGUGCAACUCAUACAGAGAAAUUCUUUAAAAGCGCUUAAUUAUCUGUCAACUAUUAUUUAAAAAAAUAAAUUGAUAUACGUGUAAAUAUAUAGUAAAAGAAAUAUAAGAAUGUCUACAGUCAGAAAAGCAACCCAUUCUGGAAGCUGGUACACAAACUUAGGUUCUGAGCUGUCACGUCAGCUGGAUCGCUGGCUGGGUGCUGCAGAACUUUCUCAUGGACCAGCUCGUGCAAUUAUUGCGCCACAUGCAGGCUAUACCUACUGUGGUGCUUGUGGUGCCUUCGCCUAUCGUCAAGUCAGUCCCGCCGUUGUGAAACGAAUUUUCAUAUUAGGUCCAUCACAUCAUGUACGCCUGCGCGGCUGUGCUUUGUCCACAGCUAAGGUAUACAAAACUCCACUCUAUGAUCUCAAGAUUGAUACUCAAAUCAACGCAGAAUUGGAAAAGACUGGGCAUUUUUCGUGGAUGGACAUGAAAACAGAUGAAGAUGAACAUAGCAUUGAAAUGCAUUUGCCAUAUAUAGCAAAAGUAAUGGAGGAUUUUAAAGAUCAGUUCACGAUCGUGCCAAUUUUAGUCGGUUCUUUGAAUCCCGAUCAGGAAGCUUUAUAUGGUGAUCUUUUAGCAAACUAUUUUACGGAUCCACAAAACCUCUUCGUGAUAUCAUCCGAUUUCUGCCAUUGGGGACAUCGCUUCAAUUACACAUAUUACGAUCGGUCGUGUGGUCAAAUUUACUCAUCUAUUGAGAAGCUUGACAAGGAUGGUAUGGCCAUCAUUGAAACCUUAAAUCCGGGUGCAUUCACUGAGUAUCUACGCAAAAACAACAAUACAAUUUGUGGCCGUCAUCCAAUCGGUGUGAUGUUAAAUUCUGUAAAAGCGUUACAAAAUCAAGGCUACAGUAAUAUGAGUUUUAAAUUUCUCAAGUAUGCCCAGAGCAGUCAGUGCAAGGAUAUGGACGAUUCCAGUGUUAGCUAUGCAUCUGGCUCAUUGGUGUUUGAAGCUUAGAACGUUCGGCGAGAUAAAAAUAGUGAGUUAAUUUGCAAGUACCGACCGACCUACGUACUCAAAACUCUGGCAGAAUACUUUUAAUUUAAAUGAUUUCAUGUAUUUUUUUUUCUAGCAAGCUUAAAAUUAUUAAAUUUCACCAAACAAUAUUUGAAUAAAUGUAAACAAAUAUAGCUUA